UAAUGCCAGUGUACCCAUACGAAAUUAUUAUACCUAAUAAUAAUAAUACAGACAGCAAUAUAAAGGGCAACAUGGUAAAUCCCUUUAUCUAAUUGUUUGUAAAAGUAUUGUUCGAGUAGAAUACUUAGAAAGACUCCAAAACCUUGUCAUCUGCGUACGAUAGUAGUAGUUUCGUCUUCAUCAUCCGUCCCUACAUAAUUUGGGAGUUUUAUUUAUUUGAAUUGUUUUUAUUAAAUUUUCCUGAAUUUCUCACCAAAAACUGCUGACUGCUUUAAUAGCUCUUCUUCAAUAUCACAAAAGUUCACACCCUUGUCUGUCUAUCACUAAUACCGCCAUUAAAGACCACUUUUCUUGUUUUGAUUGCUCCUCCUACACGUCAUACGACCCUUCGUUUUAAUGUUUUUCAGAAAGCAAAGCCCUCCAGCUUCAUGGACGGCGGAGAAGAAGAAGAACUGUUACGACAACAGCAAAAUCAGCAAAGAUCAAUCACCAUCAGUAACUUUCUUCAUUACUAAUACUCUCAACAACAAUCCCCGCCUCAAAUACAUUGUUUUCGUUAUCCUCUUUCUCUUGGCAUGGUUUCUUCUCCUCUCCUUUCGAUUCCCACUCACCAAAAACGACAACAAAAUCUUACACCCAGUUGAAAUACUAACCAAAAACGACAACAGAUUCUUACGAAAACAAGCUGAACUACCAUGGGUCCAGACUUGCCAAAACGGCAAUCUGUCCAUCUACGUGUACGAUUUGCCACCAGAAUUCAACAUCGCCCUUCUCCAACGCUGCCGAAAACUCAAUGUCUACACCGACAUGUGCCCCCACGUCGCGAAUCGCGGUCUGGGCCGGCCCAUCACACCACUGGGCUCGUCUUCGGCGCCGUCCACCUCAACUAGGCCCAGCUGGUACGCCACCCACCAGUUCAUCGCCGAGAUGAUCUUCCACGCGCGCGUGGAGAAUCACGCGUGCCGGACGUGGGAUCCGGAGCGGGCAACAAUCUUCUACGUUCCUUUCUACGGCGGUCUCGACGCGUCGAGCAAAUUCCGCGAAACCAAUCUGACGGAGCGGGACGCGCUGUCCGUCCAAUUGGUUGACUUUCUCCAAGAGAAGCCGUGGUGGAAACGGAACCACGGUAAGGACCACUUCCUUGCUCUAGGCCGCACCGCAUGGGAUUUCAUGAGGAAUACAAAGGGAAACGACUUCGGCGCCAACUGUCUCCUCAACCUCCCCGCCGUUAAAAACAUGACGGUGCUGACAGUGGAGAGGCAGCCCUGGCAAGGGUCAAACCAGCACGGUAUUCCUUACCCUUCAUACUUCCACCCGUCCACGUGGCAAGAGGUGCUUACGUGGCAGGAAAAGGUUAGGAAUUCGAAGCGGCCCCACCUGUUCUCGUUCAUCGGUGGGCCCAGGAAGGGUCUGGAGAAGGCGGCCAUAAGAGACGAGUUGAUCACUCAAUGCGCUGGGUCGACCCGGUGCGAGCUCUUGAAAUGCGGGUCUAAGUGUCACGACCCGGCCCAUGUGAUUGGCGUCAUGAGCCGGUCCGUUUUCUGUCUCCAGGCGCCCGGGGACUCGUUCACGCGGCGGUCAACGUUUGACUCGGUCCUCGCCGGUUGUAUUCCCGUGUUCUUCUCGCAGCACACGGCAUAUAGCCAGUACCGGUGGUUUUUGCCGGAGGAUACAAGUGAGUACUCGGUCUUCUUCGAUGAGAAGAGCGAGGACAGCCGGAGAAUCGAGGAAGAGCUUGCCAAGAUUCCUGGAGAGAGAGUGGAGCGGAUGAGAGAGAAAGUUAUAGGGUUGAUCCCGAGGUUGACGUAUACACACCCGAACGCCACUGGAACCGGGUUUGAAGACGCCGUCGACGUGGCUUUGGCGGCGCUUGCCAACCACGUACAGUUCAAAUUAGCUUAAUUAAUUAGGUUUUAAUAUAUUAUUAAUUUUUUUUCCCAGUUUUAAAUAAAUUCAUGAGUUACAGUACAAAAAGAGAAUUUCGAAUAUUUCUUUAGGUUGUUUUGUAUAAUAAAUGCAUUCCGGUGAUUGCCGACACUUAACUUCAAUUCUUUUCUUUCAUUUUCCAUUUUAGUGUAAAUAAUUAACUAACGUGUUUUUUAUUUCA